CUGACGGAAGUCUCGAAGAACACAAAAUAAUCCAGCUCCAAAAUCCUGUCUUCAGCUUCUCAACUCUCCAAAUAUCUCACCAUUACAAAAGGCAGUCGGAAUUCGAGUGUGAGUUGAUAAAGAAUACUAGGAAUAAUAUGCUGAUUCUUAGCAUAGCCUUGCUGCUAAUUGCUGCAUUCAUCGGAGUGUUCUACAAAUUCUUGACAGCUGAUGGGGAUUUCACGUUAUUGUCUAAAGGGCACGUAAAGCGUGUAGAAAUCGAAGACAAGGUCAUUUGGAUUACUGGAGCCAGCCGUGGAAUUGGAGAAAUCCUUGCUAAACAACUUGCAAGUUUGGGGGCAAAACUUAUUAUUUCAGCCCGGAAUGAGGCUGAAUUGGAGUGUGUCAAGAAACAAUUGGCUGGAAAACAUGCACCAGAUGAAGUGAUGAUAUUACCUUUGGAUUUGACUUCUGGGGAAGACAAGCUUAGAGAGGCUGUACAGCAAGCUGAGUCUCUUUUCAGUGGUGCCGGUGUGGACUAUUUGAUCCACAAUGCAGCAUUUGAACGCCCAAAAACAACAGCAUUAGAUGUAACGGAGCAAAGUCUCAAGGCUACAUUUGAUGUAAAUGUCUUGGGACCAAUAUCUCUUACUCGGUUGCUGGCACCUUACAUGCUGAAGCGUGGGAGGGGACACUUUGUUGUGAUGAGCAGUGCUGCAGGAAAGACUCCUGCACCCGGACAGGCUGUAUAUUCUGCUUCCAAAUUUGCUGUAAAUGGGUAUUUUCACUCCUUGAGAUCUGAGCUUUAUCGAAAAGGAAUCAAGGUCACUGUUGUUUGUCCAGGGCCCAUAAAAACAUCAAGUACUCCAGAGGCAAGCACCUCAUCAACAAAGUUGCCUGCUGAGCGACGUGUGUCAUCAGAGAGGUGUGCUGAGCUGACUACUAUUGCUGCAAGCCAUGGUUUAAAGGAAGCUUGGAUAUCAUAUCAGCCUGUGCUUGCUGUUAUGUAUUUGGUGCAGUAUGUGCCCACUAUUGGAUUUUGGCUUAUGGAUAAGGUUGGUGCAAGACGGGUAGAAGCUGCAGCAAAGCAGGGUGAUACAUACUCUUUGGCUUUGCUUUUUGGUAAAAAGAAGGAAUAAUCAAAUGAAGGCUUAGACUGACGAAUCAAAGAAACAAGUCUUCCCCACCAUGGAUCGCCUGGUUGCAUCUGCAGCACCAGAAGCCAUGCGCUCUGUUUUUUGAAACUUCCAUAUUGUCCACAUGAUGAACCCACAUUGUUCUCUCUCUCUCUCUCUCUCUCUCUCAAAGUUAAAGCCUUAUUGUACAAUGGUUUAGAAUCAUUAAUAUACUUUGUAGUGGAGAAAUGUAACAGGAAAUUUUGCCAAAUUCCA